UUAGGAAUUAGAACAUCACUAUAACUUGUCAGUAGUCGAGCUGUCAAAUAACUAUUAUUAGAUGGACAAAUUAUGAAAUUACCUAAAACUUGUCCAAUACGUAAGUAAAGUCUAAAAAGUAUGGCUUUACGAAAAUUAUUACUAGAAAACCAAUUAGUUUCACAACACCUCAGACGAUGUCGACAAAUGUGUGCCCAAGCGACAGUUAAAGUGGAAAACGUUAAUAGUAAAAAACACACACAUUUUGGUUUUCAAACAAUAUCCGAAGAAGAGAAAACUAAAAAAGUGCAUGAAGUAUUUGAGACAGUAGCUGAUAAGUAUGACUUGAUGAAUGAUGUUAUGUCAUUUGGAAUACAUAGGAUAUGGAAGGACAUUUUUAUGCAAAGACUAGCCCCGAGGCCCGGGACAAAGUUACUAGACAUGGCUGGUGGAACAGGUGAUAUUACAUUCAGAUACAUUAACUAUAUAAGAAAUCUGAAUCAAGGAGUAAAUGAGAAAAGUACAAGUGUUACAGUAGCUGACAUCAAUCAAGCCAUGCUAGAUGUCGGGAAGCAGAGGGCUGAAAGACAGGGCUACACAAAGGACCCCUGUGUGGAGAUGCAGUGGCUUUGUGCCGAUGCUGAAAAACUACCAUUACCUGAUGAGUGCUUCAAUGCCUACACUAUUGCUUUUGGCAUCAGGAACUGUACACAUGUAAAUAAAGUGUUGGAAGAAGCAUACAGGGUACUGGAACCUGGAGGUCGUUUCCUGUGCUUGGAGUUCAGUCAGCUGCCCAACAGUACCAUGCAGUGGUUGUAUGACCAGUACUCAUUCCAAGUAAUCCCGGUGAUGGGCCAGCUUGUUGCGGGCCAGUGGAAGCCGUACCAGUACCUGGUGGAGAGUAUCCGCCAGUUCCCUAACCAGGAGCGGUUCAAGAACAUGAUCGAGGAGGCCGGCUUCAGACAUGUCACAUAUGAAAACCUCACACUAGGGGUCUGCUCCAUCCACUCCGGUUUUAAAAUAUAAAUAAAUGCUCUCAAUCAAUAUGAGCACAAACAAAAGCAAAGCAGACUGCAUACAGGAUCUCAGGAAUAUCAUCCACUAAUGUGACUAUUUUCUACUUCUGCUCAUUUAAUGAGACAUCAAGAUUCGCGCCGACAUUCUGCAAUUUUCAAUGGCUAUAUUAUUAGUCUAGCAUUGUGAUAUUGAAAAGUAACAAUUGAUGCCACUUACAUAUUACUAAACAGACUAGGUAUAAUAUUGUAGAUAUAAUGUUAGGUUAAGUUAUGUUUGCCCUGUUGAUAUUUUAUAGAAGUUUAAAUAAAAAUACAAUAAUAAUUAUACAA